AUGAACGGAAUUUCUGUAUUUGCUUUUGGUCUCCUCUUGGCGAUCAUCACUGAGACAUAUUGCACUCCUGGGGGUCUUGGCCCACAGGAGUUCGCAGGACCCGGAGAACAGGCCCUGGUGGAAGAGAACAGGGACGCCAUUAUCCGUAGAUUACCAUCUUUCAUGGAGGGACCUUUUGGACCUUUAAAGGCUCUGGUGUUUAAAAAGCAGGUCGUGAAAGGAACCAACUAUUUCAUAAAGGUAAAAAUGCAAGGUAUUCAGCCCCGAUACUUACAUGUGAAAAUAUACACUGGUUUAAACAAUCGAAGUAAAGUGGAAGAUGUCAUAUUUGUGGCACAGUACGAUCCAAUCGAAUACUUCUAAUGACCAAGAGU